GCCAGUGAGCGGCAGUUAGCCAUGAGCGUUCAGUUGAUCAACCGCCGUGGAAACGCGCGUUGUCGCGACCAUUCGAAUAUCGAACGUGAAAACUUUUGUGAUGUAACUACAGUGUGUUGACGUUCAGAAAUCAUUGUCUCACCAGUGUUUACGUUUCGUUCGAUUGUUCCUUAUCUCGUGUUCGAAAUUCAAAACGUGCUCUAAAUUCAUGUGUACCAAUUGGAUUAUAAUCUAUGGUCAUUAUUUCACCAGCUGCACCGAGAAAAACAAGUAAUGCGUCCAUUCAAGUGUAAAAAGUUUAAAUUCAAAUGAUGGCGCUCCGGCAUGACGUCACCAACAUGGACGCUGGGUUCCUGCCGGCGGACCCUCCUCCCCUCACCGACGAUUACCAGCCGAAGACCGACCUGGCCACCGAGUAUUUCAAUACCUUCAACCAGAUAUGUGAAAACUACAGGCCCGAUACAGAACUAAACCUUCGGCAUACCUCGGACUCGCUUCGGCUGUCCUCGGAGAUCUUGGACGGUGUGAGAACAGAGUACACAGACUUUGAUAAAUACAAAGAGGAUAGAACAAGCGAAUUUGUUACUACGGACUUUAACGCGAAAGUGUUUUUAAAAGACAGUAGGCCGUCUGCCGAAUACGUUACUACAGACUUCAAUGAAAAAGUGUUUUUAAGUGCAAAGGACGAGAGUAUAUUUCAGUUCGGUCAGCCCGAUGCCUCAGCUUUGUUGAGGCACCGCGCUCGGAGAAGAUACAACGAGGAGCACGGACUCCAGCCGCCUGCAGCCACCAGCCAGGAGAGUGGGUACGGCAGCGAUGAGUUCGGCCACGACUCGCCGAGCCGGUUCGCGUCGCCGAAGGGAGCGGGCGCGGGCGCGGGCGCGGGCGCCGCCGCCGCCUACCAGGAGCCGUACUACGCGGGCGGCGAGUGGGCCGCCGGCUACUACCAGCCGCCGCCGCCCUACCAGCACGACCCGUACGCCACAUCGCCAGGUAUAGCGGGCCCGCCGUCGGGCGAGGCGGCGGGCGGCGGCGGCGGCGCGGAGCUGCCUCUGCCGCCGAUGUCGUCGUUCCGCGCCGCCGCGCCACACCACUCCCCCACAGACCCCAUGCUCGUGGCCAAGCCGCCGCUGCAGCCGAUGUACGGCGGCGCGGCGAGUACGCCGUCGGUGGGCGGCGGUGGCGGCGGCGGCGGCGGCGGCGGUGGCGCGGGCGCGGAGGCGGGCAGCCUGUCGUCUUACGGCUCGUCGCCGUCCACGCCGGUGCACUCGCCGCCGCCGCUGCACGCGCGCCUCUACCCGCCGCUCAAACACUCGCCCGCGCACCACCACGUGCAGCACCACAACGGACAGCAAUCAAAUUGGGUGUCGACGGGCGUGUCGUCGCCGCCGAGCGCGGCGACGCCGCACGCGCCGCUGGGGGGCGCGGCCGUGCUGCCCAACGGACACCACCACCACGUCGCCGUGUUCCCGCCGCCCGCCAUGGGCGCGCCGGCCGAGCAGCGGCAGCUCGACGAGGCGAUGGUGUUCUUGAGAGAGCACUCCGAUGUAGUCUGUGGUGUGCAGGGCGCGCGCAUGGAGGAGCGGCUCGACGACGCCAUCAACGUGCUGCGCAACCACGCGGAGGCGCCCGACCUCUACCCGCACGACCACCACCAGCCGCCGCCCGCAGUGUCCCGGCUGGGCGUGGGCGCCGGCCUGCCGCACCUGCACCCCGAGCCGCCCGUCAAGAUGGAGCGGCACGUGCUGCCCAACACGAAGAAGCGUAAAGAGCCGCCGGACUCGGGGCUGGACUCGAAGCCUUCGUCGUCGGGGUCGGCGGACGCGCUGGUCGGGAAACCGCCCGGCAACAAGCGCUCGCGCAGAUAUGAAUGCCGCGGGCGCAGCUGCUCGUCGGCGGACGAGGACGACGUGGACCCCGACACGAAGGCGGCGCGCGAGAGAGAGCGCCGCCAGGCCAACAACGUGCGAGAGAGCUGUUCGUCGGCGGACGAGGGCGAUGACGACACAGAUCCGCAGGCGAAGGCGAUGCGGGAGAAGGAGAGGCGGCAGGCGAACAACGCGAGAGAGAGGAUAAGAAUACGAGACAUAAACGAGGCGCUGAAGGAGCUCGGGCGGAUGUGCAUGACCCACCUGAAGAGCGACAAGCCGCAGACCAAGCUCGGCAUACUCAACAUGGCCGUCGAGGUCAUCAUGACGCUCGAGCAGCAAGUCAGAGAACGCAACCUGAACCCAAAGGCGGCAUGCCUGAAACGACGCGAGGAGGAGAAGGCGGAGGAGGCGCCCAAGCUCCUCGCCGCGCCCCUGCAGCACUACCAGCCCAUGCCGGGCAUGGGCCAGCUGGGCGGGCCGGGCGCGGGUGCGGCGCCGCAAUAGCGACGCCCCGCCCGCCCGCACGCGCCGCCCUAGCGCCGCCCGCCGCCCGCCGCCCUGCUCACUAACUAGCUGUGUGUGUAUUACUCUUCACUAUUGUAAACUACGCCAAUGUUUCACCUUUCAAAUGCGUGCUAUCUCUUUUUGCUCUAGCAGUUAAAAAAGGAUGGCAUGAGUUUUGAUUCUCUCGUCUGUGAAGGUUGUUGAAUAUGUCAUACGUUAGAGUAUAGUAAUUGAAAUAAAUAGAGAAAUCAUUUGUUUAAAUGAAUCUGAGUACAUUUUUAUCGUCGAAUCAUUUGUGAAGUAUUUAAUAGUUUUAAUCUUGAAUUUUGUAAUUCAAAAUUGAAAACUUUAUAAAUUUUUGUUACGCAUAAACUCUUAGUUUGUUAUUGUGAAUUUCGAUGCACUACUAGUACUGACGCGUUAACCUUUUUACCAAUUAUUGAUUCAUAGUCACACACCUGGUCCAAACCAGUUUAGUAGUGCACGAUGUCACAUAAACUAUCGAAUUAUAAUUUAUGUAUUAUUUUAUUGUACACAAAAUUUCAUUUGUAACAUUUAAUAUAAAUAAUUUUAAAACUUAAAAGAAAAAAGGAAAACAAAUAACAUAUAAAGUAUUUAAUAUACCAUUUGGUAACAUUGAUUUCAUACGUACACCUCGCAGAGCGUCAUACACACAUGGCUAGUUAAACACGAUUUGUAACUUAAAAGGCAUUGAUUACUUAAUUUGUAACGUACUCGUCUGUGACAUGUUUUGACAUAUUUGUCAUUUUAUAUAAAUCGGCGACUGAAUAAGGACGAAUGCAGAAUAAAACAAAUUAACGACUAUGACAAAGUCAUCAAAUAUUACAGAAUGUAAUAUGACAUUCUAGUAACAAGUUAUUGUUACUGCGACAAACUCAUAAAAUUAUAGAAUGUAAUAUGACAUUCUAGUAACAAGUUAUUGUUACUACGACAAACUCAUAAAAUUAUAGAAUGUAAUAUGACAUUAAAGUAACAAGUUGUUUUUAAUAAUGAAAUUUAUGUCUUUUGUAUAAGUUUUAGAAUUUAAAUUGGUAUAUUAUAUUAUUAUAAUUAUGUAGUUUUUUUUUUUUUUGCUAAUUGCAACGCGUCGCGUGUCAACGCGUGUCACGGACGGUACAGUACAGUGCAGUAGAUUUGGUCGAUACGACGCGAAUGUCCCAAAGAGCAAGCAGUGCGUAGUGCCACGUUCGGACUAUAUAGUACGUAAGUGUGUAUAUUAUUAGCGCUAGACAUAGUUUUCUAUACGCCACGAACAUCGCGUGCAACAUGAGAUUCGAACAGCGUUGUCUGCCCAAAGACAAAGACGGAGAGCCAGAUUUUGUAAAAUAUUAGACUUACAUCUAUGUAUAGGUAUAUUAUAGUUUAAUCUAUCGAAGAACAUAUUUUUAAUUACGAUUUUAACUGUUCUUUUUGCUGCCAUAAGCGUAGUUAAGGUCGGUCCGGGCUCCGUACUCGCAUAACAAUGUUCGUAUUCACCGUCGCCUCUUUGCCAUUCUAUCUCUGUUUUUGUCGGGCGAAAACAGAUGAUUUUCUACAUCAUCCCCAGGGAUCGUUAAGCGCUUGACAAUAACGCGUCGGGUACGGAGUCCGUGAUCGGAGAAUUUAUGAUUAUGCAUAUUAUGUGAUUUCUUUUGAAUGUGGACAUGGAAGCGGUGCGAAUUAUGGUUUGAUAUUUAUUUGGAAAUGUGUGGGGUUUGGAUGUAACGUAGAGUUCUAUUGCCAGGCGAUGGUGGGAACUCCACUAUGAAACUUGAAACGUCAUAUUCUCAAUUGUGAAUAAGACGUUAUGGAAUUAUACUUUUUGUUUUACGUUUAAAUUAUAAAAUUUGUUUAAUACAAUUAAUUAUGUUCAACGUAAUAUAGUUAAGCGGAAAGUAACAUUUGGUGUAACCGGUGGCGGUGAACGAGUGGUAUUAAACAGUCCCAGUUCGAGUAUCAGUGAAUACUCCAGUAUUAUUUAUUUAUUUAUUUACAUUAUAAUGAUUCUUCUAUUGAGAAUUAUAUAUGGUGCAGUAUAAAAAUCAAAUUUCCACACAUUUUCAAACGAUACACGAAUUUUAUUAUCUGUUUUAAUUAAAAAUAAAAUGGCUGCUAACUUAAGGAUGUACUUAAGGGAUAUUAUUAUGUUUUGUCUCUCUUUUUUGUACCAAAACUCCAGUGGAUAUAGUUGAUAUAUUGCGGCUUAUCUCUCAUCGCGUAGACACGUUUUACUGCGGGUCCGGGCGACUUGCCUUAGUAUAAUUUUUUAUAUACUUACGUUUUAGAUUUAUUUGAUAGCUGUUUGACAUGAAAUCAUGAGAAAUAUGACUUUAGAAUGGUGUACUUAUAAUGUGAGACAAUGACUUGAUAUCAGAAACGUAUUACAUUUAAAUGACGCAAUACUUCUAUACAUUAUAAGUGGAAUGCGGCCUUCUUUAUAGGCUUUUAUUUAUUAUUUCUAUUUAUGACACGAUACGAGAUUACAUUAAGUAAUCUGUAACCAUAUAUAGUUAUUUGUAAUGAAUUACCCGUGCAUGUGUGUGUCUAGCUUGUGCACCUCUAUAUAUACAUAUAAAUCGGUUGCUGAUUCUAAAUCAUUGUCUGACAUUUAAUUUAGAUGUCAAACUGUAAACAAUAAUGAUUUAUUGAUUCAUAAAGUCUUUAAUGAUUUUCACGAACCAUACGUUUAAGUAUUGUACGAAUGUAACUAGUAUUCGAUUAUGUAAUGUAACAAUACGAUUAUGUAAUGUCAAUUUCAAAUAUAUAUUAUAAAGUUUGAUUAUGUGAAGUAAAUAAACAAAUCUUAAUGACUACGUAUGAAGUUAUAUUAUUAAAAUUUUAUUAUGAAUUGUGAUUUAUUAUUAUUAUAUAUUUUGAACUUUGAUUAUGUAAUAUGACAUUUGAUUAUGACAUUUAAUAAUCAGCUAUUUUAAAUGAAACUAAUAUUACAUUAUGGAAUGAAGAGUUUGAUUAUGGAUUAUGAUUUUUGAAUGUAAUUAUAGUAUUGUGGUGAUUAAUAUUUUUUUUUAAUUUGAUUAUAUAAUGGUAAAAUUCUGUCGAUAGUGAUGUGACCCGUUAUUGUUUACAGUGUGUCGUCCCAACACUCGAUUGCAUAAUCUUAAUUUUGUAUAUAAGAUACGAUAAAGCUCAAUGUAAUUGGUUAUGUUUAUGACAAAAACUUGACAAAUUCGUUUAAUAAAUUAUUAUAAACAAUACAUUUGUGUGGUAAUCAAAACGAAUGUGUUUCGUGUUGACUGUAUAUUGUAUUUGUUGUUGCUACAGCUGUGUUCACGCUACUUGCUCUCGGCCCCGUACCAAGAGGUUCCAAAAAGUAACAGGACAAUAAACUAACAAGCAAAGUGACAAUUCGUUUGUUAUAAUAUUUUUACAUAAUGUAAUACAUUGAAAUUACUGGGUACAGAGGUAUAAUGUUUUUGCAUGAACGUCACACUGUUAGAAAGAAAUAAGAAAAAUAAGCUCUUUUGUAAUAAUAGCGUUUUAAAAUUAGUACAUAUACAUACAAACAUACUUUGACUUGUCCUUCUCUAAACCCUGUUUCUAAAAAUUACAAAAUUUAGAGAUAGGUUUAGAAAAUGACUAAAGUGUCGAGCCGAGUAACCUGAACACAACUAUAGGUGAACAGCAAAAUACUAAAAAGAAAAAACAAAACAAAACUAUGACAAUAUUUUCGUUUCAUGACAUUAACUAAUACGGAACCAUUUCUCCCAAUUGUAACAAUUACUUUGUGUACUGGAUCAGUAAUCCAAGAUUAUGAGUAAAGUACAUAAGCGCUAGUUGUUUCACACCAUUUAGUAAUUAAUUUUCACUAUAAAUAGUUUAUUGCACUCUCGUAUAUGUAGGAUCAACACUGGAUCAACAUUGGAUCAACUCUUAAAGCUGUUGACACACUCGGAAUAUGAAUGGAAAAUUUAUAACUCUUUGUACAGUGUUACCAACUCCCUUUCCACUAUUCGUGGCUCUCAUACACAUAUGGUAAUACAUGUACGAUGGUGUAAUAAUCCCCUAAAAUGUAUUAUAUAAUUGUAAGGUUGAUUUUUCAGUUGUACUAGACAUGAUAUUUGUCGCUCGAUAGAUAACAAAGUUGAUUAUAGUGAAGUUGAUUGUGGAUGCCGUAUCACAAUUGUUGGAUCAACUUAUAAUCGACGGUAUUUGAAAGGAUUUAUUUAUCAAGCGCGUCACAGUAGUCGGGAAGGGUAUACCGAACCGAACGGCCGUGAUGUUAUUCGUGAAACUGAACGACUUUCAAUGAGUGGAAAUUGUUUUUGAAUUUUCCAUGCAAAUUGCACGGUGACGUAAUUGGUUUUGUAUGAAAGGUUCAAAGAUCUUUCAAUUUGGACCAUUUCGCUUGGGGAAAGUCGUGCAGUUUUCUGAAUACACUACGUUUUGGCUUGACAUACUCUUUUUAACUCUUUUGUAUUUAGUGUAAAAAUCUUAUAAAAAAAAAAAAAACCUAAUUCCCUAGACGUAGUAUUACUUAUUUAAAACAGUUGAACAUUUAAAAAAUGUACAAAAAAAAAAUAAAAUUGUAAAUAAUACGCAAUAUAAUAUUAUAUAAUACAUUAAAUUGUAAGUUGAUCCAAGGUGGCUGCGGUACAGAUGUCGCCUGUGUCGGGCGCAGGCGCAGGCGCAAUACAAACCCGAACACCACACACGAAGUUCUUAUUUAUAGAGUUCAAAUAUUUUUUUAGUAAUCUUAGAUGUAAGCACUUUGGAACCCUUUAGUUAGAUUAGUUGACUUCUUCCAAUCGAUUAAAUUUAAGUUUUUUUUUUUUUUUAUUAUUAUUAUUAUAUAAUUUUGUUGUACGUACGCGCGGUACCGAGGUAUCCAUAUUCGAUAUUCAGUAAUUUAUUGCAAAACGCCUAUGAAUGGUCGAUAUAGCAACUACCUUGUUUGUAAUCCUGGAGAUUAUGUACAAAAUGAGGCUUUUUUGUUAUUUUUUUUUUUCCAUUUUUUAAUGGUGGCAACACUGACGUGUAACAUAGAGCAUUUGAUAUUUUCUUAUCAGUUCAAAUGCAUAGAUUAAAAUCAUAUAAUUACAAGAAAGGUUUAAUUAUAAAAAUGAAUAAUAUUAAUUAAAUGUGCCAUUCAUUUUGCUAA